AUGCUGAUGAAUAGCAGCACAACAAUGUUGCUACAAGAGGUCGUGGAAGAAGAACAACAGCGAACCGGCACUGUGGCAUGGCAUUGUGGCAUGAGACACAACCGGUCCCGUCCUCAGCAUCCCCCGCCCCACCGUCAUCAUCAUCGCCAUCGUUAUAUUAAUACUUCAUCGUCCCUUAAUAAUUCAACGCUUGAAGUAACCUCAAGUGGUGGUGGUGGCCAUUGUGGAGAGAAUACCUCGGAAGCAGCCACAACGUCACAGUCAGUGGCGACGGCAGUGGUUGCAAGGCAAACGGCAACGACGAGUCGUCUGCCACGUUUUGUCACAUUGAAUUGCAUCAAUGGCGGCAGUAAUGCGAACGAUGUCGUCAACGAAAAUGAUAACGACCCCGAAGAAUUGUUUGUAAAUCGACGACGACAACAACAACAGCAUCAACGAGGACGCACUCCACCGCCAAAUUAUCAGUCAUUGUCUGUAACGCCACCUCCAUCGUAUUCACCAGGUCGUUGGGAGGAGGAGGAGGUGGAACAUGAGCAAAUAAAUGCUCAAAAUCUUCAUGGAAAUCACAUUGAAAAUGCAAACCAGCAAGAGCUGCAGCAACCUCAACAACAGCAACGGAGGCAAAAACAUCGACAUCAUCAUCGGCAACCAUUUCCGACAUUGCCACCUCCACCGCCACUGUCAACACUAGAAUAUCCAGCAUUGCCUUUAAGGCCUUAUCAAGUACCGGAAGUUCUUGGUCCUGGCAUUGAUGACAACGCUGAGGAGGAUUAUGUUUUCUUAAAUAGACAUAAUAUCACUCCUGGAACAGCAACAACAACAACGACAGGGAAUCGUCAAAGCAGAAUUGGAAGGAAUAAACACUCAUUCGAAGCGGUAUAUGGCCAAGUUGGACAAGAGCCACCACUGGCCAAUGUCAGCUACCCUUCAAGAAAUGUGGCAACAGUGUCAGUAUCACAACAGCAAGAACAACAACAGCAACAAAGACGUAGAAAUCAACGUCGCCGAAAAUUGCAUUUAUUACAACAACAACAUCAGCAGCAGUCGCAACAACAACCAUCCCAGCAUCAUCUCUCAAAUUCUCCACUUAUUCCUAAUCACAGUAACAACAACGAUACCACAGAUUCCGAUAGCACGACGACUAUUAGUGACAUCGACUCGAAUUUUAUCGAGGCUCAACCGAACAUCGGUUCUAACAGAGAUCAGCGAAGACGUCGUCGACAACGUUUAUUAAAAUUAAGAGCUGCCUAUUGUCCCGACUUGUUGAAUGCCUGUUCGCUGAUACUAUUGCAGCAGCAGCAACAGCAGACAAGUGAUUCCACAGUGGGAAGCUUUACCGAUUCACCAGACGAACGAAACAAUCACCAUCACAACAACAACAACGACGACGAUGUUGAAGAUUCCUCAAGCGAUUAUGUGGAAAUACCGUAUCAACGACAGCAACAAAAUCAAAAUAUUGCAGAAAUAUCGAAUAGACUGAAUGGCAUUACAGGAGAACAACAACAAGAACAAACAUCAUCAAAUCAAAAAUCAGAAGAAGCAAACCAAAGAUUACAACAACAGGAAAUGGGUCAAAAUUUAAGUAUACGAAGGCCAAGAAUAUCACUUACCUGGGUAUUAAGAGAACAGCAACAACAACAACAGCAGCAACAGACACCAAAUCAAAAGGAUUCAUCGCCCACAAAACACAACGACAAUGACAAAAAGGAGAGCAAGGAUAGCCAGCGCAUAACGAACAACAAUCAGGUUAACGGCAAGGGUUUGGCCAACUUGGAGGUGAAUCAAAAUCACACCACUGUGGUGGAAAAGAAACGUUAUCGUCUGAAAAAGUCGGCGAACACCGCCACCACCAAUGGCUGCGAAAAUGUGGAACCCCUCAAUGGCUAUGCCACCACUCCGACCAGUUACACAAAUGCCUCCACCGCCCUGGCAUCUCAGAAAUUCUUUAGCAAUCAAAACCUCCUGGAAUAUCAUCGAGAUGAGAGCUGCACCAAACCACCAUCCAAAGAUUUGUUGUUCGUGUGUACGCCACAACGCCUGCCCGAGGGAUUUUCGGCAUCCACCGAAGCCUUGGCCUUGGUUAAGAAACGUAACGAGAUACGCAAGAAAUUGGCAGCAAAAAUGGCCCAGUUUCGUGCCGAGACCCAGGCAGCGAAUCUGGUAAAUGGUGGUCUGGUGCCGUUGAAGAAGGAGGCGAAGGCCUCACUCAAGUCAGGAUCCUAUUCUGAACCUAGUCUGGUGGCAGCGUCCGAGGGUAAUCCUCGACGACAUCGCCACCGCAAACGUAAGGAACGAAAUCGUCCGCCCAAAUUCGGUUAUGACAUUAAAAAUGUCGACGAGUUUCUGACGAAGUGUUCGCUGGCCUCGCCCGCCAAUAUACCAAUGGUAUUGUCUACCUCAUGUAUUCUCUAUCAAACCCGGCCGGGGGGCUAUCAAACGGAAGUCUCCCUGCCUCUGGGAAUGGUGAUAAAUGCUGUGUUCAAAAAUCAAAAUUGGCUCUAUGUACAGACGCCCCAUGCCGAAGAGGGUUAUGUUAACUACAACACCUGUCUGCCGCUGGGCAUUUUACCGGCCGAGGCUAGGCUAAAGGAGGGCACCAAAGCGGAGGCGAACCAAAAACCCAAAGCAUGUUGGGAAACCAUUGGUGAUGUUUUCCCAAAGCCAUGUGGCAAUAUGACAGAUUCGGAAAAGGAAAUUCAUCUAAGAGUGGGUGGGACACGCAGCCGUAGUGAGGGUGCCAGGACGCCACAUCUGAAAAGUCAAUUGACCGACAAUGCCGAUACGGUGACAAUGAUAUCUGUGAAUACCGACAAUACGGAUUGUUUAAAUGGCAAUACCUCAUCGAUCUAUGGAGAACAGCAGGUGGAUAAACUCUAUUUGAGGGCCGCUUCACAACCAAAAUUAUCCGAGAAGACUUCUUAUGCCCAGCUGAAAAUUAUAAGGAAUCAUUCCUCGGCAGCAUCGGCCACAUCAUCGAACCACUAUCAUCAACUCAAUGAUGAAUAUGUUACUCUGCAGCAGCAGCAGCAACAACAACACAAAUCCCUGCAAAAACAACAUGUCCAUCAUUUACCGGCCCAGAAGACGUAUAUUACGCGAACGUUCAUCACCAAUGGUCACAAUGGCCAGCAUUUACAUCCCAAAGAUAUGAAACCACAGCUACAGCAACAACAACAGACAGCGGCAUUGAUAUUGGCAAAUAAUUCAACAACAACACCAACUCCAACCUCAUUACAUCACAUCAACAAUCAAUCAAACGGUGUAAUGGCCACCGCCACCACAGUUGCUCCCCGUUCCAUCCUGAAUGCGAUACGCCGUUCCUCGGCCCAUUGCGGCCAGCGUCAGACACUGGUUGCCAUCACAACAGACUACUCAACCGGUGACGGCGGCCUGCAAUUGCAAAAAGGUGAUAUUGUCACGCUGUGUGAGUGUCGUGAGACCAAAGAUCAUCGUCAAUGGUUCUAUGUGCGGACACGUGACGGUCGCCAGGGUUAUAUACCGGCUGAGGUGGCCGGUCAUGGUAAUAGGCGACCAGCAGCGAACAGCAAGUACAUUUCGGAACAUGAUUGA